CACGGCAACAACACUCGAUAUGGGCAACACCUGCUGCGGCUGUGAGGACAAGGGAAAACACGCUGAAGGGCAGUACCACGAGACCAACAACAGCGCUGCUGCUGGUGGUGGUAGUGGUGGUGUUGACACGCCAGCACAGCGACAGGUACAACAGCAACCACAACAGCAACAGCGACAGCAACCACAACAGCGACAAGCACAAGCACAGCAGGAGCAGCACAGGCAACCACACGGGCAACAAGCUCCGGAGCAAACAACCACCGCCAUGAACGGCCAUCGAGCAGCAACAUCGCCCCCAGUGCAACAACAACACAACACCAGCACCAACCCCAAUCACAAUCGCAGCAAUGCUUCUUCCAUCAGACACACGCGCCAUGCAACACCCUCACGUCAGAGCCGACGACGACACUCGUCAACCACGUCCUCGCUUCCCGUCGAUGAGACCGUGCCGGAUGUUGACCCAAGCAAGCUCAAGGAACACAGUGGACCCCCGCCACGUCGCGUCGUCGUUGCUGUUGUGUAAAACAACACAACGGCUUAAAAUCACGCAGGCACGCACAUGCUUCUACAAGCACCAUCGACCAAUGUACCCACUCUCCUUCCUUCACUCCCUCCUUUGCACCGCACCGCUCCUGUCUACAGCGACGUCUUUCCCCCUACUCCCACCACGCGUUGCUCUGUUACCAUCUGAAUCCAAUCCAACCCCCAACCAUGUCGGCCGUUUAACUGCAACCCCUUCCUCUCCCCCCUCCUUUGCACUUUGUAUGGGAGUUGGAACUUCAGUGCCCACAUGUUGCAGUACUGCGGCUGCCCCCCUCCCCAUUUGAUUGCCCACGAUAGCUGCUCUCCUUCAUCUGUCUUUUGUUGCUGUCUUUCUUCCUUUCUUUCUUUGCCUCCCUCCUGUCUUCCUACUUCCUGCCUUCCUGCCUUCCGACCUUCCCCACCUGUCUGCUCCCCCUCCCGCCACUCUUAUCUGCAUCUGUUUGUAUCUUGCCCUCGCCUUGUUCACUGCGCCCACUUUUGUUCAUGUGACAUUUUGAUUCCUUCUUCUUUGGUUGCCAUAGGCUGUCGCUGUGUUUGUGUGUGUGUGUGUGUGUAUGUGUGUGUGUGUGUGUGUGUGUCUGCCUGUCUGUCUAUGCGUGUGUGUGGUGUGCGUAGCUUGGUUGCUUUACCUCUUGCUGUAUUAUAUCGUGUGGGCUUGGGUUGUCCCUGGAAGGUUCCUGGAAGAUGUUUUGAUUGUCC